ACAAGUAAAGAACGUCUCGAAAAUGAAAUUAACUCUAGUGUAAAGUGUCACAGAACUGUAACUUACCCAAAACUCAAUCUAGCUCUUAAGAAGUUCAUGCUGAUUUAUCAGCAUAAGACGAUUUUAAGCGAUGUUUUACUUAUUGAAAAAGCGAAGACACUUGCUAAUGGUUUGGGAAUUCCUCAAGGAGCAUUAAGCUUUUCACCUGGUGAAUCUGCAUCUGCUGAUGAGAUAGCAAUUAACAACAUUUUGUUAGUAUUAAAAAAUAUGUGUGCAAAUUAUCCUGUUGAAAGAAUAUAUAAUAUGAAUGAGACUG